AAAAUGUCAUAGUUCAUGAAUGGGGCCAUCUUCGCUGGGGUUUAUUUGACGAAUAUCCUACACGCAUUGGUGGAUCGACAGACGUCUUUUAUCAGCACGAGGGUAAAUGGAAACCUCUCGGGUGUUCGCAUAAAGUGCAAGGUCGGAUAGGAAGAGGUUUUAAUUGCAACACAGAACACAAGAAUAGGUGUGACGCUGAUAAUUCAAUGAAAAAGAUGAAAAACACUUGCAAUUUUUGUCCUUACACGGACCAAGAUGUGAAAAUAAGUUUGAUGGGAUAUCAAUAUGUCGACCAGAUGUCCAUGUUUUGCGAUAAAGACGAUGAAACUGUACCGGAAGACGAGCGCCACAAUAGAGUAGCACCAACCGCUCAGAACAUAUUUUGUGAUGGGAAAAGUGCUUGGGAAGUAAUGAGGGAACACAAAGACUUUAAAAAUUCAAGCGAGAAAACACUUACUGAAACAAACACAACACCAGAUUUUGAAUUUAUUCAAGAAAACAACAUUUACAUGGUUUUUGUGUUAGAUGUCUCUGGAAGCAUGGAAAGCACAAUUGAAAUUCUAGCUCAGGCUGCGAAAUAUGUAAUACAAGAAAAGAUUCCCUUUGGAAGUAGUCUGGCAAUUGUGACAUUUAAUCAUUCUGCAUACAUAGAAAUUGAUAUGAAACAUUUGAACUCACAAGAAGACAAAGACGAAAUGAUAAGGGCCCUCCCUUUAACUGCCGACGGAAAUACUUGUAUCGGAUGUGGUAUUGACGAGGCAAUAAAGGUUUUAACUGCAGAACUAGGCUCUGCUGAGAAUGGACAAAUAAUUCUCAUAACAGAUGGCGAGAACAAUCAUGGUGAUCUUAAUAUAUCUAGAUUAAAUGCAAUAGCUAAAAAAGUGAACAUUAAUACAAUAGCGGUAUCUCAGCAUGCAGACACACUACUUCCUGAUAUCGCAAAAGAAACUGGAGGAAAGCAUUACACCUAUUUAGAAAAAGACACAAUCAGCUUUGCCGCUGUUUUUAAUGAAGCUUUAUCGGGAGGUACUUCUAUAACAAUAUUGGCAAAACAACCUGCAAUGUUGAUAUCGGAGAAACUUUCAUCAAACGUGAUCAAUACAACCUUUUCAAUAGAGACUGGGAUGGGUAAGAACACAUCUGUAACUGUUUUCACAGCCGAUAAUGAUGACAUUCAUAUACAACUUAACGGACCUGGAAGUUACUUGCAAAAUUCAACUGUCUAUGGAAACAAAAUUGCUGCAUUGAAAAUUGAUGGGAUUGCACAGGCAGGUGACUAUUACCUAGUGAUUACUACUAAGAUACAGAGUGUGGAAUAUCUUGUAACAACAUCGCCAACAAUUACAACUAAUGAUGUGAUACGUGUUGUUUCGAGAUUGUCAAAGUCACAUGUGGACUUAACUACUGACGAUUUCCCUGCAUUGUUUGUAGAUGUCACAAAAAAUAACGCUCCAGUUAUUAAUGUCACCGUAGAAGCAAAUGUUGAAUCGAACACAAAUUUGCCUUGUACACUUUACUUGCAUGACAAUGGCAUUUAUCCAGAUAGAUUGAAAAACGACGGCACCUACUCGUGUUAUAUUUUACCAAGUUGUCUCGCAGCUGGACGAGUAUAUAUCAAAGUUAAAGCGGCUGGUAAAGGUGGGGAGAUUUACCUUUUGUAUAGUAACUCUGGUUCUGCGAGUGUGAUUGAAGAAGAGGAAAUAGAAGAAAGUAUUCCGGAUUCCUUCCAGCGGAAUGUAGUAACAGAGGAACUCUAUGUGUCAAAUUACAUUUAUGAUGAAUCAGUUGACACUAUAGCUCCUGGAAGAAUAACAGAUGUAGAGAUAAAUUAUAUUGAGUCCGAAACAACACAAAGUGGGAAAAACAGAAAUUUGACGCUUACUUGGACGGCAACCGGGGAUGAUAAAAAUCAGGGUCGAGCCUCGGCAUACGAAAUGAGGAUAUCUAGCAAUAUUGAAACCUUGCGUGACAAUUUCGAGUUAGCAGAUCACCUUAAUAUGACAAAUUCCUCUCUCUACCCACAAGUUGUUGGAACGACAGAAGCGUUGAAACUUGUUGUAAAUGCAGAAGAAUCGUUUGUUGAAACAAUGUAUUUUGCAGUCCUAGCUGUCGACGAUGCUGGUAAUAAAGGGCCCGUCUCAAAUAUAGUUUCUAUUGUUGUUGCACGAUAUUAUCGUAUAUCUGGCGAACAAGGUUAUGCAGUUAAUGAAGAGGACGAGGAUGCAAUUUUAGAUUUAGGACAAGAUAUGGCAUCGCAGGCACGUGACAAUACCACAAUCAUAGUUGGAGUAACAGUUACAUUUGUAGGUCUACCUUUAAUGGUAAUACUCGCAGUGGUAACAUUCAAAAUGUGGAAAAAACCUGCAGUAACAGAUAACCGUUGUUCUGACACAUUGACGGACGUGGUGUCAUAUCACCCUAAACAACUUGACAGAAUGCGAGCACCUCCUCCAACCGAACGAUGAUCCGAAAUUGUUUUGGUUUAAAUAGCGUCUAUUUGUUUAAGAUUUUCUCAAAGAAGAUGAUUAUCUUCUCGUUACAAAAUGUCCCUUUUCCAUAAAUGGAAAUUAACCUAUCUAUAAUCAAACAUUUUAUUAGGGGACAUUUGUGUAUGUUACCUUGAUCUUUAUUUUAAAAUAGUUAUUAUCACAUUGACAUAUCAAGGGUUAUUUAAGGUGUCAUUUUGUGUAACGCAAAGUUUUAUAAAGUAACCAUAAUAUUUCUUAAUAUUAUUCUCGGUAUCAUUUUUAGAUUAACAUUUAAUGCUUAUGUUAUAUUCGUCACCUAUACAUGCUUUUUUGUUGAUAAAUCAUUGUAAUUUAUUUGAUUAUUUUAAUGGUUGAAAAUCGACGUUAAAACAACAUUAUUGUAUUUUAUUUUGAUCUGUGUAUAAUGACUUAUUCCAUUUAAUGUUAAGGUGUAUGCUAUAAAACCUUUUACAAGGUGAAAUCAACUUUACAUUAAAUAAUCAAAAACAAAAUUUUCAAAAAAACAGGUACAUUUCCUUGUUAUACUUAAGUUUAGUGUUUGAGUUUGUACGUUCGUGUGUGUGUGUGUGUGCGUGCGUGUUUGCGUGUGUAUUUAAUUCUUUUCAGACUGACUGCAAAUCAUUAUUAUACACUUGUGUUGGUAUAUUACUUUCUGAUUAAAAUGUUUUGAUAUCCAUAGACAUAAUGUUCAAAAUUUCUCUCAUGUGGUCAUUGAAAUUAAUGAAAAGUGUUUUUGUGUUGUGUAUCCAUUUUUGCAUCACAUGUAUGGUAUGGAUUUUCUCAUCCAUCUGAAUGCCUCAUUUAUUGUAUGCCUAGUGUCUGUAAAUAUUGUAA